UGUAAUUGUGACCAAUAACAUCGUUAACCAAUUCUAUAUCCAUAUAUCUUAACGAAUGAUUUCAAUCUCGAUUUAACGGAAUUCAUUAUGACCUUCGAAUAUCGAUAGCGACCUUCUGUUCCGUACAAGAAUUAUAAGACAUAUUUCGUCGCACAUUUUGAUCGAGAAUCGAAAUCUCUUUAAUAAUAUUUUUCAAGCCCGUUACGUCGUAUUUACAGUAGACAGGUCCAUUUGUUUGUUGUUUUCCUACAUGAAUAUUUCCAUAUAAUUUGUAUUUUGAUCGAUCAAAUUGUAAGUAGUAAGUAGUAACACUGACGCUCACCAGGCAAGCGUAUAAGAAUAGGAUGUCGGGGCAUAGAGGCGUUGGAGGGGCAGGGAGUCAUCAAGGAGGCCCCCCAGGCCUCAAACAAAUAGAUUUGGAUCAAAUUUGGGGGGAUCUUCGUGAGGGUAUAGAACAAGUAUAUAAUAGACAAUGUAUGUCAAAACCAAGAUAUAUAGAACUUUAUACACAUGUAUAUAAUUAUUGUACGAGUGUUCAUCAACAACAUACUAGAAUGUCUACUAAAAGUAAAAAGGGCCAAAUAUCACAAGGAGGUGCACAGUUAGUGGGCCUGGAAUUAUAUAAACGUUUGCGUGACUUUCUUAGGAAUUAUCUCAUUAGUUUGCUCAAGCAUGGGAUUGACUUAAUGGAUGAAGAUGUAUUACAAUUCUAUACAAGACAAUGGGAAGAAUAUCAAUUCAGUAGUAAGGUGUUAAAUGGAGUAUGUGCAUAUUUAAACCGUCAUUGGGUGCGUCGUGAAUGUGAAGAAGGACGUAAAGGAAUAUAUGAAAUAUAUCAAUUGGCCUUGGUUACGUGGCGUGAUAAUUUAUUUAAACAUUUAAAUAGACAAGUUACCAAUGCGGUGCUGAAGUUAAUAGAACGAGAACGUAAUGGAGAAACGAUAAACACACGUUUAGUCAGUGGUGUAAUUAAUUGUUACGUAGAAUUGGGCCUGAACGAGGAGGAUCCUGGUGCUAAGGGACAAAAUCUUAUUGUUUAUAAAGAAUCCUUUGAAAAUCUCUUCCUUGAGGAUACAGAACGAUUUUAUACUCGUGAAAGUUCAGAAUUCCUCAGACAAAACCCUGUUACAGAAUAUAUGAAAAAGGCAGAACAAAGGUUAUUAGAAGAACAAAAACGAGUUCAAGUUUAUUUACAUCAAACAACACAUGAACGAUUAGCAAAAACUUGUGAAAGAGUACUCAUUGAAAAACACUUGGAUAUAUUUCAUUCUGAAUUUCAAAAUCUUUUGGAUGCUGAUAAAAAUACAGAUUUAGGGCGAAUGUAUCAAUUAAUGGCAAGAAUACCAAAUGGACUUGGCGAACUACGAAACCUUUUAGAAAGUCAUAUAGCUAAUCAAGGGCUUGCUGCUAUAGAUAAGUGUGGAGAUUCAGCAGCUAAUGAUCCUAAAGUAUACGUCAACACCAUCUUGGAAGUUCAUAAAAAAUAUAAUGCUUUAGUAUUAGUUGCAUUUAACAAUGAUAGUGGCUUUGUAGCAGCAUUGGAUAAAGCAUGCGGUCGCUUUAUCAACAGUAAUUCUGUAACUAGAGCUGCAAAUAGUAGUAGUAAGUCACCUGAAUUGUUGGCAAAAUACUGUGAUUUAUUGCUUAAAAAGAGUAGUAAAAAUCCUGAGGAAGCAGAACUUGAAGAUACAUUAAAUCAAGUUAUGGUAGUAUUUAAAUAUAUUGAAGACAAGGAUGUAUUCCAAAAGUUCUAUAGUAAAAUGCUGGCAAAACGUUUAGUGCAGCAUAUGUCUGCCAGUGAUGACGCAGAGGCUUCUAUGAUCUCCAAGUUAAAACAAGCUUGUGGCUUUGAAUAUACUUCAAAAUUACAGCGCAUGUUCCAGGAUAUUGGAGUAUCCAAAGAUUUAAACGAACAAUUCAGACGACAUUUAACAAAUUCUGUAGAACCACUAGACAUUGAUUUCAGUAUACAGGUUUUGUCUUCUGGUUCAUGGCCAUUCCAACAGUCCUUUACUUUUUCUUUACCAACAGAGUUAGAGAGAUCUGUACAUAGGUUUACAACCUUUUAUAGUUCACAACACAGUGGAAGAAAGUUGAAUUGGUUAUACAAUAUGUCUAAAGGAGAAUUGCAUACAAAUUGUUUUAAAAAUAGGUAUACAUUACAAGCAUCAACUUUUCAAAUGGCUGUUUUACUGCAAUACAAUGGAUCAACCAUAUGGACAAUACAACAAUUACAUGAUGCUACUCAAAUAAAAAUGGAUUUUUUACUUCAGGUUGUACAAAUACUUUUAAAGGCUAAGCUAUUAACAGCAGUUAAUGAUGACGAAACAGAGUUAACACCUAUGUCAGUGGUAGAACUUUUCUCAGGCUAUAAAAAUAAAAAAUUAAGGGUAAAUAUUAAUAUACCAAUGAAAACGGAAUUAAAAGUCGAACAAGAAACAACACACAAACACAUAGAAGAAGAUAGAAAACUUUUAAUACAAGCAGCAAUUGUUAGAAUUAUGAAAAUGAGAAAAGUACUGAAACAUCAACAACUAGUGGCAGAAGUUUUAAAUCAAUUGAGUUCCAGGUUUAAACCAAGAGUACACGUUAUUAAAAAAUGUAUAGAUAUUUUAAUUGAAAAAGAAUAUCUGGAGCGCACAGAGGGUCAAAAGGACACAUAUAGCUAUCUGGCAUGAUCUGUCGAUCUAGGACAUCAAUAUAGCAACAACUAUGCACGCAAAAAAAAAGAUGACUUCACACUGUCAUUGCUACAUACGUGUCUCGAUAUUUAUUUAAGACUCUCACUAGUAUUUUCUCUGUACACAGUUCUUGUACCGUAAUGUCCCUCUGGUCGCAUUUAGAACCUGGUUUUUAUAAUAUGUUAAUAAAAUUAUUUCAUAUAGUCAAGUUGCUACGUGUGUUACUGUCUGUGCCGUUUCUCACACAUAAAUUAAAUUUUCUUUGUAUCAUGUUGUACUAUAAAAGAUUUGGAACAUGUAUGUCCCAUUUUUUAAAUUGUAUAUAAAAUGUUGCACAAUGGAAAAAUACAAAAACAUAUAAUUAAGUAAGUUAAACAACAAGUUAUAAGAAAAAAACUAUAAUGUAAAUUACUAAGUUAAACGCGAGUGAUAAAUGUACAUUACAAAUAAUAGCACUCUCUUGAAAUGUUGAACCUAUUGGAAAGUUCUACAUUUUAUUUCCGCCAAUUUUAAGAAGUAAAAUUAUUUUUAACACUGAAUAAUACAUAAUAGUAUUUAAUUAUUUUCUUAAAACCUUGAUUAAGAAAACCAUAUAAGUGAUUCUUUAAUUAUGAAAUAUUAAUUAUAAAGAAGAUAAAUAAAGACAUGGAUAGUAAUGCAGUUUAGCAAUUAAUUAAGUUAAAAGUUACAUGUAUCAAUAAUUAUCAGUUUUUAUACUUUUACGUGUGCAAGACCUUUUUGUUUAACAAUAUAAAUUCUUUUUCUCCACAUAAAAUGUCAUUGAUAGUAAAUAUUUUUUUAGGCAGCUGAAAACAGAUGUGUAUAGAAAUAUCGUUUAUAAUAUUCCACGAAUGUAGCAACGAUUUGCAAUACCGAUAUAAUUAACAUUUAUAAUAUUAAUAACGAUUGUUUUAAUUGUACAUGAUAUCAUUUUGUGAGGCAGCUUUUUAUAAGAUAUUGCAAAUAUAAAUUUAAUAUGUUAUGUUUUAACUUUAUCAUGACUUAAUUUGAAACAAAAUUUAUAAAGGAUAAAAUUUGCAUUUGUUAUUGAUAAAUCUAAUGUUGAAAUUAUUAUUUUAAUAUUGAAUAUGUUUUUAAAUUUGUAUUAAUAUGAUUAUAAGUGCAAUACAUAAAAUUUAAGAAAGAUAUAUCUGUGACUUAAUAAAAAAAUUUAAAACAUAACAGAGACACAAGCAGUGAUAAAUAACGAAUUUUAAAUUAUAAAUGUAUAAGCCACUAAGCAAUGGUAGUAAUUAAAUGCCUUUAACAUUAAGAGUGAUAUAGAAAAUUGAUAUAAAUGUAACUUUGAUGCUUACAAGUGUAAUAAUCAUUUUGGAAAGCUCGAUUCUGCAAUUUGAACUAUAAAAAUGAAUAAGAGAUUAAAUUAUUUUAAUUAUCUACUGAUAUGUCAAAGUAGAUAAUAAAAUAAUAAAAUGUUUUAUGUGACAUAUUGUCAAUAAUAAAAAGGCUGAAGAGUGAGAGAUAUGAACUGAGAAUUGUAAUUAAAACUAUAUUUAAAAAACUGUCUGCAAGAGAGCAACAGUAUCUCAAUAUUUAGCUACAAAACUUUAACUUAAUGUAUUUUAUUAACAAAAAAGUACUGAUAAUUUGAACUAAGAAAUUUUCGAUACACAGAAUCUGAGUUAGAUUGUGCUAAUAUGAAUAGAUACACAAGCAGAAAGAAUACACUGAUUAACUUUA